AUGAUUGAUGCUGGUUCAUCAGGUUCUCGUGUCCAUGUAUAUCGAUUUAAAGUAUGUAACGAUCCAGUCUUGGAAGAUGAAGUCUUUCAUAUGUUGAGUCCUGGAUUAUCUUCCUUCAAAGAAGAUGCUGAAGGUGCAGCGCAAUCUCUUAGUAAAUUGAUGGAAAUUGCUGUACAAAGUGUACCCAAGGAAUCUCAAGGUUGUACCCCCAUUGCUGUGAAAGCAACAGCUGGUCUUCGUAUGCUCCCUGGACAACAAAGUAAGAACAUUCUUGCCGCCGUGCGUAAAUAUUUAGAAACAUAUCCAUUCCCGAUUGCGGAUGUGGAAAUUAUGGAAGGCAAAGAUGAAGGUGUUUAUGCUUGGAUCACAGUCAACUAUUUAUUGGGUAAAUUAAAAAAGAGUCAACGUGGUCAAUCCGCUGCAGUAUUUGAUUUGGGUGGCGCAUCUACACAGAUUGUGUUUGAACCUAGCUUCCAUAUUCCAACCGAAUCUAUGACUGAAGGCGACCAUCAAUACAAUUUGGAUUAUCAAAACAGCACUUAUGAGUUAUAUCAACAUUCUUAUCUCGGUUAUGGCUUAAAUGAGGCUCGUAAAAGAAUCAAAAAUGAAAUGAUUACGACCUGGAAAGAUGAGGCCUCUAAGACUGGUCAAGUAUAUCAUCCUUGUUUACCUCUUAAUCAUCAAGAGGAUUUCGAGUCAAGCAAUGGUACUGUUAUCAAGUUGAUUGGUACUGGUGCAGGUCAUGCUGAAUGCCGUGGUAUCAUUGAAAAGGUCUUCAACAAGGACAAAGUAUGUGAACUGGCUCCUUGUGCUUUUGAUGGUGUCUAUCAACCACCUUUGGUUGACACUUUCAAAGGAAAUGACUUGUUUGUAUUUUCCUAUUUUUACGAUUUAACUAAACCCUUGGGUAUGCCAUCUGAGUUCUCCGUACGUGAAUUGGGUGAAUUGACUGAAAAGGUGUGUAAAGGUGAAACAACCCCUUUCCAACAUGUUCCUAAUGCCAUCAAGACGCUUGAGGACAAUCCUGACUUCUGCCUUGAUUUGACUUACACAUAUAACCUGUUACGAUUUGGCUACGAUAUUCCAUCUGAUCGUUUGGUGCGUACUGCUCAAAAGAUUAAGGGGGCUGAAACUGGCUGGUGUUUAGGUGCUUCUAUUGCCAUGUUGGAUGAAGCUAAAUUAUGUUUAACCGCUUAA